AUGAUUGAAUCUGCCAGGGAGAUUGAACUCCCAGCCGGUACGCGCAGCCGACGACCUGAAAGUCUAAGUUCAGGCUGGGGUUACUGUGGAACAGUUGACGCAAUUGAUUUCCAAACCAAUGGUGACGCCAUUCUGCGGGGAUACCGCCUGUGGGGAGUCACAAGCGGUUCAACGACCUUUCAGGUCACCAUUGGUUUGUAUCGUGGAAGUUCUACGAUUGCAGAAAAGACUGGGUCCUACAACACCAGAUCCACUGGUAAGACAUUUGAGGUUCAAUUCUUACAAGAGAUUUCUAUUCGUGCAGGACUGUUAUACUCCGCAACAGCUAAAAUAACGACAAGUGCAAGUUCUUUUGCUCACACACUGACGGCAUGUCAAGAGCUUCAUGUUCUGGCGUCAUCCAAAGACAGCAACAGUUCUGGAGUCGGUUCGGGCCAGAUACCAGCGCUUAUUUUUCGUUUCCUACGAUGUUAA